CUCCCUCGUGUUGUUGUUUUGCUUUUGAUCGUUUUUCUUGUGCAACGCAAGGCAAGGCAAUUUGGAAUCUGGCUGUCAGCCGAAGAUGUCUUCACCUACCCAAGAUCAGGAGAGUGAUGCUUUGGCCCUGUUAGCUCUAAAAUCAGGCGCUAUUAAUCCUAUGAAACAAAUGUGGGCCGGUGUCAACACUGUGACUCCAAUAGCUAAACUUGAAGGUCGCGAGUUCGAAUAUUUGGUUCGGCAGAGUCGGAUUAUCAUCGGACGAAACAGCAGUCUUGGGAGCGUAGACGUCAAUAUGGGCCAUUCCAGUUUCGUUUCGAGGAAGCACUUGCAGAUAAAAUUUGAAAAUCAGGAAUUCUAUCUCAGCUGCAAUGGGAAGAACGGAAUAUUUGUUGACGGUGUUUUCCAUCGACGAGGUGCUCCUCCACUGAAACUACCCUACGUUUGUGUACUACGAUUUCCAUCCACGAAUGUGAAAGUUCGUUUCACGUCGUUGGUUGGUGACAACACUCCGAAGCGCGUACCGAGUCCCCCAAGAACAAAAGUUUUACCACCUCUGCGCAUAAACAUCCCGCAAUCAGAUUCUAACUUCGCCUCUCCUAUUCCAUCUCCAACAGGAACUAUAAGUGUGCCAAACUCCUGUCCUACUAGUCCCCGUGGAGAUGCCAAUCACACCUAUGCUCCAAACUUGCAUGCUGUGGCAGAGUUAGCUGCACAAGACGUCCAAGCUUCUACAGAGGAUGACAAACCCAACCCCCCUGGAGGGGAGGCAGGCAGCAAAGAUGACGGCAAGCCACCCUUCUCAUACGCUCAGUUGAUAGUUCAAGCAAUAUUAUCUGCGCAUGAUAAGCAACUAACUUUGAGUGGUAUCUACACUCAUAUCACCAAAAACUACCCUUAUUAUCGCAGUGCUGACAAAGGCUGGCAGAAUUCCAUUCGUCAUAACCUAUCAUUGAACCGCUAUUUUGUGAAAGUACCACGUGCACAGGAUGAACCAGGAAAAGGCUCCUUCUGGCGGAUUGACCCAUCAUGUGAGCAGAAGCUAGCAGAGCAAGCAUUCCGGAAACGUCGACAGCGAGGUGUACCAUGUUUCAGACCACCUUUCUCUCAACUGUCUUGCAGGUCAGCACCAGCAUCUCCCACUCAUGGUCUUCAGUUUCAUGCUCCCUCUGCUCCAGUGACUCAUGUACCACGAGAGAACUCCCCAACCAAAACGGUGACCCAGGCAGUUGAUGCUACAGGAUCUCAAGCCAAACCAACCCCUACCUCACCUCCUAUCAUUCCAGCAUCUGGACUUCCACCUCCUGUGCCCUCUUUACCUCCAACAGCCCUCAAACAAUCAGCCGCAUUACAGGCAAUUGCUGCACAAAUGGCAGGAGCUGCUCUGCCUGUCAGCGUGAUCAAGUCUUCUUUGGAGGCUGUGAAGGAAGGGGAUGGAGCUGAGUCUGAGAAGAAUGGAUUUUCUCAGUCGUCAGGAGAUGAGUCGCCUGUAGAGAACACUCUUCAACCAGAUGCAAAAACAGCUGGCAACAAACCUGUGAUCUCUACUUUAGUAAACCCAAUACAACAACCAACCCAACAACAAGUACAAAAACUACAACAAGAUAAAAAACAACACCAAUUGCCACAACAGCAGCAGAUUCCUCUUCAGUUUUUAGCAGGAGCAGCUGCUCCUAGUGCAGGUGGCUUGCUCACUCCCAUUCCUACACCAACAAAUGUCUCUCCAACUGGCACUCAGGAUAUGUCAGUCAAACCACAGAUCCCAAAAGUUCCCAACCCUCUGCCACUUCCUAUCGUAACAACUGGAGCACUCACUCCUGACUCCUCUCCUCUUGGGGUGUUGUCUCCAGCUGCCACUACAGCUGCAGUUUCCAUGGCAAUGAAUGGUGCCAAGCGAUCAUUAAGCACAAGUCAACCAUUGACCAACAGUGAAGAAGAACAUGAAAUAAAGCGUCAAAAAUUAUCUCAGCCAAGUGCUGCAUUUCAGGGUAACCAUUCCCAACCAGACUGCUGAUAAAGGAAAGCUCUAGCCUUCACACACAUCAACUUUCUCAAGGUGUUAAGGCUGCUAAGUUACUGCCAUUAUUGUUGUGUACAGUUAGUAGUUAAGGCACCAAUCAUUUAUCGCAGACAUAGCGACUGACCAGAAAUCAGAAAUCAUCAGAUGAGGAGGUGUUUGACAUGUUAACAUACACUUGACAGGACCAGGUGUAUUCUUUAAACAACAGUUUUUUUCCUGAUUUCAUGCUUAUAAAGUUGUGAAAUGUGUUUUGCAAAGUGUGAAAGAUGAAAGCUACCAAGCGUCAUGGCACUAGACAUCGUGAGUGGACUAGUGGUGAAUUUUGGGAACCUGCUUGUUGGUCUGAGGUGAAAAAACAAUGGGCACUGGACUAAGUGAUGUCUUGUGCAGAGAAACAAAUGUUCUGUUUAACUGGUAUCAUUUAUUAGCAUGCAGAGCACUUCAAAGGGUGAGAAGUUAAAGAUCAGAAUGAACAAGUUAGGAUUGUACAAUACCUAAGCAUGUGUACAGAUGCCAUUUUUCUGUUGAGAGUGGAAUGGUUGUCUCUAAGUGGGCUGGAUCUACAAAACAUACAAUGAAGUUUAUAUCGGGAUAUAUCCACUGAGAUGCGUGAAUAAUGUAUGCAACCACCUUACAACAUUACAAAGCUGCAGCACAUUGUGUGUUGGGCUUUCAACAUGUUUUUUUGGGCUUCGUUGCUGAUCAGAAUACUGGUAUUCUUAUAAAUUAUCAGGGAAAUGUGUUUAAAUGUGAACAUUUCAUAUGAGUAUGCUUAGUUCUUACCCUGUCAAAUGGUAAUUAUAAUUUAGCUGUUCUUAAAUACUUUGAAAGUGUUUCAUUCUUGAAAGACUGGGUUUUGCUCUCAAGGAAGUUAUUAAUGUAAGGCCUAGCAGGAUGUAUUGACAGAAUUGACAGUGAAGAAAGCCAAAACAGUUUCAGGUGUUAUCUGUGCAAAGUUGUAGCUAUUUGGUCUUCAUUAAAUCUUCCUAUGUCCCAUGGUGCAAUGUUCAGUUUUUUUUAGAGCUUGCAAAUAAUUCAUGCUGUUGCUGAGUUCAGGCUGAAAAGAUCAAGGCAGGGUUGGCAUUUCUCUCUCAGGUGCAUGAAUGCUUUAUUUCUUCUUCUGUAAGUUAAUCACUGAAUUCUGUUACAACUGAAGUAUUGAGUAGAAAAUGAAGGUUCAUACUUUUUUUGCUGUGAGGAGCUGUCCUAUAAUGAAGCAGAAUUGACAUUUUAAGUUUUAGUAAUAUUUGGAUCUUACAGGAAAAAAAAAACUGAUACAUAUUUCCUGAAAGGCCAAAACAAGAGAGGAAAUUUAAAUGUGUUAUUACAAUCAUGAUAGAUUUAUGUUAAGCUCUUCUUUUUUAAAACAAAUUUCUAUGAGUGUCCCCAGAAACCUUUUCAUUAAAUUAUUGAAUUAAGAAUUGUUUCCCAUGGAAAAGAACUAUCAUAGGGCAACAACCAUAGCAGAUCAUUAUUAACUAAAACAUUAUUUCACAAUUCAUCUUUCACCAUGUGAGUCAUGAAAAAGUCAGUGUGAUGAUAAUACAGCAUUAUAUUUGUUCAGUAAGGUUGGAGUAGCAUAGAUAUGUUUUAAGGGUCACAGCAACACUCAUCCAUCAAAUUGAACUCCAUUGUUAUAAAAAUUGCAAAUUGAAAUUAUAAUUUUUCUAUGGCCUCUUGGAUCCCAACUUAGAUGUUGUACAAAUGGUGGCAACUCUCUAUCAGUUAGUGACGCACAUACAUGAAUGUCAGUCAGAUUAUUGUUGUAAGGUAUAUUUAAGUUAUCAUACUUUUAAUAAUAGUAGAUUGGUACCUAGGGUGGCAAGAUGGUCAAGGAACUUCUAGUAGUGUUAAAAAUGCCACGAUUACUCAUGGAAAAUUGUCGGUCAAAGGUGAUGAUCACUUUGUGGGGUCAGCAGUUGAAGAUCAGAUUAAGAAUUUUAUUUUCUCCUCCAGGUUCUCAACAUCUCCUUCAGAACAAGUUUAUUGAAGUUUGUGUUAUUUUAAGUAAACAUCUUUCUAAGUUUCUCCCUGUUCUCACUGCCUUCUUACGGAAUAGAAUUUGUGUGAAAAAGUUAUUUUUAAAUCUCCUUGGUAAAUGGUGGAGUGUAGUUUCCAAGUCUUGUUGAGUAAUGUGAAAUUGUCAGAAGCAGUAUCCUUUUCCUAUUAAGUUUUGAUGUAAUUUUUUUAUCUCAAAAAUGAAGAAAAGAUUUUAAUGAGUUUUCUAGUAAAUGCCACAACUACUCUUGUCAGCCAGUCUCUCAGUAUUUUGGGUACUCAAACAAACCCCAAUAGUUAUUAUUGUUAAAAUAAUUUAAAUUUGAAAUCAGGUAUUACAACUUAUGGAAAGUUCAGGGCCAAAGUUGUUUCUUUGACAAAAUUUAAACAGGAUUCUCUACCAUGGAUUGUCAAGCCUUAAUGGUGGACUGAUAAAUUAUUAAACUUCGUCUGUCUGGAAGAGUUAUUUGUGAAGUAUGAGUUAACUGAUCAUUAAAUGAACCUUUUGAAGGUGAAAA